UAUGUGAAUGGCUCUAAUACCUUGAUCAAUUGCACGGCUAAAUUAAACCCAUACAAUGAGUAUUUCUACAGCUUAAAUAUAAGCAAGGACGGACAGGUAUUUUACAGAUACGACAAUCGCACUAAAAGCCUUCCUAUCUUUAAGCAAAUACCCGGUAUAAAUAAAAUCGUGAGUUUGUCUCCGGGUAUUUUCAUAAUCAACAAUAUAAACAAGACAACUGCCGGUCACUACGUGUGCGCCGUUUACUACAACAACAACCGGUCCUUCAGUUCCCGUGAUUUCAAUAUACGUAUUCAUGUGAAUACAGUUACAUUUGUGAGCCAGUCAAGUGACCCGGGUAAAUAUGACCAACACGUCCAUAAGAUGUAUUUACACAGACAUGAGGCGCGACCCAUGAAGCGGAGAAGUACCCCGGAGAAUGUAACCCUCGCUAUAACUCCUCAUAAAAUCAAGAAGGGAAUGGAUGUAACCAUUCAAUCGCCCAACAAAUACACGUCGGGAGGGUAUACCUGUAGCGUGACCUUCAAGAACCACACGCAGUCGACUGUCCACUACUCCAUAUCAGCCAAUGCCACUCUGCAUGACAGAGGUAUCCCAAAACACAGGGAGAAUAAGAUGCCGAUAACUAUCACCGAAAACCUGACGAUUAAGACUUCCAAGAAUGGCAACAAAUAUAAGACAACUGUCUUUUCGGGUGGAACUACUCAACAGUCGGUCACCACUUUGGGAAUGACAUCUAAUUUAAGACCUAAUACCGAUAAUAUAGAUAAUCCUACAUCUAACAAACAGACCUUACCAGUUCACGUAAGAAUUGGGUUCCGACCAAACAGAUUACCCAAAGGCAAGGACGUGUACUUAGCCUGCUCAUACGAUAACCCGGAUAAACCAUUUGAAUUGUCAGAAAUUAACAUUUAUAAGGGUGAACACUUAUUCUGGCGCCAGGUCAACCAAACAUUCUUUGAGUUUCACAAGAUUAAAGGCAUCAACAAAAUAGCCAAUAAAUACGAGUCGAGACAGCAGUUGAUUGAAUUAAAAAUUAGAAAUGUUCAGAAAGACACGUUUGGCGAGUAUAGGUGCAAGGUGACCUACCAUCAAGUUAAUUCACAUUUGGAAUUCAGUGUGCUGGCUCACUCACAUCUGGACCUGGCUAACACAUCGUCUUAUUUAUAC